AUUAACAGAACACAUGUUUACAUAUACAUCGUAUCCUUGUUGAAAGCUAAGGAACAGUGCGUGUUUCGAGGAAAGCACAAGUCAACAUGGGCUUCGCAACACAAUUCGCUGUGCCCUUGCUGGCUAUGGUUCUUCUCCGGAACCUGAUCAAGCGGCCAUUCGGCACGUUGUUUCUGGAGGGCUUGAGCGUAUUUCUGCCAAUGAGUGCACCGCUUGAGCAGCCGCCGGCCGGGAAAACGACAAAGAAGGACCGGAAGAUGCUCCAUAAGCGGCAGCUGGCCCUGAAGGGCGUUCAGAGCAACGUGUCCUUGCAGCAGAUAAGCCCAAGCGCGCUGACUGAACUAUACAAAGAACCGGCAACGUAUGGUAGCAGCUUUGAAGCCUUGGGCGUGCUGCUGCUCAUGCUGCUGGGGGGCGUGGUCUGCCACUUCAUCUUGGGCCCACUGUUUGGGCUGUGGCAGGACGUGUUCGUGUGGAGCCUGUGCCCCGUGCUGGUCGCCUGGGCCGUACAUCAGCUGUUGGUGCUGCAGGCCGGCGGCUCGCUGUUGCGCCUGGUGGGCGACCGCAUCUAUAUCGCAGCCAUGGCGCUGACGAUGGCGGUGGCGGCGUACCUGCUGCUGGUGGGGGCGCCGCGCCGCUGGGUUUGCUGGGACGUGCGUCAGGCGGCGGCGCAGCUGGACGAGCUGUGGAACGUGGGCGGGGCGCGUGUCUUGGCCAGCCGCCUCAACCACCCGCUGCUCAAGGUCAUCGGCAUCAGCAACCAGCAGCUGACUGAGGCGGGCGCGGCGCUGCCAGGGCCUCCGCAGCUGCGUAGCGACCCCAUGGCGGUGGCGGCAGGCAUUGCAGCCGUGGCGGGCUUGCUAGGUGCUUCCCUCAUGGGCUCCUGCGGCCGCAUCGCGCGCCUGUACGCCCACAUUAGCCCCGUGCCGCAGUGGGCCGAGCAGUACCUCGCGCCGCCCGCCCUCGUGACCGCUGCGCUGCGGCUGGCGCUGACCGCGCCGCUUGUCGUGGUGCUGUACGGCAUCAAGCCCAUGUCCGGUUUCCUGGCGAGCGGGCUGGGGAUUGCCAAUCCCGGCACGUUCCUGUCGGGGCCGGCGGCGGGCGUGGCGGGUGCGGUGGGGCCGGCGCUGCUGCUGAUCACGUCGCUUCUGUUCAUUUUGGCGAUCCGUCCCCUGGCCGCCGCGCACCUGGGCACGGGGCUGCUAGAGUGGCACGUCCUGCGCCACAGCGACACCACCCUCACCGGCACCUCGGCCGCCUCGCCGCCCUCCGCCGCCGCCUCGGCCUCUGUCAAGGAGGUCCGCGACAUGGUGGCGCGGCGCCGGCUGCACAAUGUGUACGCCACCGUGUGCCAGACGGCGCUACAGCUGCUGGGUCCUGCGACGAUUCUGACAGCCCUGCUGCUCAUGUACGGCAGCUCGGCCGGCACCCUUGACCACCUGCGGCCCGCCGCCCCGCUGCUGGUACCGGCGCCGCGCGCCGUAAACACCACCGCCACGGCGCCGCCGCCUGCGCCCUCUGUGCGGCCUCAGGCGCCGGCGCCUGACGUGACGGGCGGGCUAGAAGGCCUGGAGGAGGCGGCAACAACAGUAGCAGCGGCGGCAUCCGCGGCGGCGUCCGUGGUAGACGCGGCCGCCAAGGCAAUGGCUGCCGGCGAGCUGCCGCCCAUGCCGUCGCUGGCAUUCAUCACCUUUGCCACGUCGUUUCUUUCCUGGUGGUGCUGCGUGGCGAUUGUAGUGUUCACGUACCCCAUGCUCUUGAUCUACCGCUUGGGGAUGCACAUUGGCUAAGGGGCCUACCUUCAGCUACGGCCUUCUUUCUGUUGGUGUUAUGGUGGGCUGGUGGGUGACGUGGGGCGUCAAGGGGGCUGGGGGACCGUUCUGCUGUGGAUGGAUUGCCUGUUGGGGCUUGUUACAGUACCGUACCAACGAUGCUGUAAAAAUGAAGGCGCAUGAUGCCAGAAGAGGCUGUCAGAGCUAGCAGGCAGCACAGGAGGAACCCAUUCAGUGGCGCAAAAUGCGAGUCCACAUGUGCGCGCCUUCUGACAGCUUCGGGGCUCUUAAGGUUACACCAGCACUUGCGAGUGUGCGUGCCACAAGCUGGUGCAGAUUUUAUAUUUCAUGUUCAUAUGUUGCCAAUGCAUCCUUUACGCCUCUACGCAUGUGUGAAUGACGAUAUGACCGGGCGACAUAUACAACGCCAAGGGACUGCACCACCAAGUCACAAGCGCGUGAACUGCGUCAGCACGUCCCUCAUGUGGGCCGGGAUUCUAGCCAUCACACUCGGGACUACGCUUCUCACCACCCUCUGUUCUGUGCUUGUACUGGGAAUUCAGUCAGCUGUCCCUUAUGUAAUUGAUGCGACCUGCACCUCCCUAUUUCACACAGCAUGUCACUCUGUCUUUGCAGCUCAUGGAAUCAGCGGCCGCAUACAGCCAUACACCAGGCAGGCCGCAUCGCUGAGUGUGCCGUAGGUACCCAUCAAACAGGCGUUAGAACCUGUACCGAUUCGGACAUUCGGUAACGUACAGACAUCAAACAGACUCCCGCGUGGAGCCUGCAGCCUCCAAACAACACAACCAGCACGCGCAGACAUACACAGUAAGCAAUCAGGGUGUUGAAAGGACUUUUCCCCCUCAGUUCUUGUUGCCACACACGGUCACAUGUCAGAGUCAGCACUUGACCUCCACUGUAAGUAUCUCACAGACACACACGCGC